AAUUAUAAUUUAGUUCAUUAAUCAGUAAUUCUUACUAUGAAGCGAACUAGUAAUGUGAAAACCUAAUUAUUAAACUAAAAUGAUCAUCCGUGUGCCGAUUUUACUGGACAUAAUCACUGUGUUUAUAAUAAUUAGUGAAGUUAAAGCAGAAAUAAAUAAUUUAUCUUAUGAAACUGAUGAUGGAUUGAAACAGGCAAUCAUUACAAAGAAAUUUAAUGAAUACGUUAUAACAUCUAAACCAUAUUCAAAUGUGAGAAUAUAUACUCCACGUGCUGUUAUGAUAGCAAAAAUUCUUCAAAUGGAUAAUAUUAGACCCUAUAUUGAAAAACCAGAAAAUAUUCAGUUUUUAACAGUAACUGGAACUCCCUUCACGAAUUUUGUGGAAUCUACUAUUAAUCCUUUUGUAAAUCAAAUACAUCGGCAAACGGGAAUCAAUAAACUUAAGGAUAUUGUAUAUAAUAAACCGAAGUUUGAAGAAAUGCAGAAUGAUCUGCGUGAUGAUACUGUAUCUAAAAACACUGAAACAAAUAACUAUGAUGAUUUAGAAAUUUCAACCGAUAUGAUAGAUAAUAUUGGGGAAGAGUUAUCUGAAACAAACGAUACAGGAAAAGAGAUAUCACAUACUGAAAAAUUUGAAAUGAAAAGUUUAUCUAUUUCAGGACUUGGAGAAGUUACAGACUGGAGUGAUAAACAUAUUUCUUCAGAUGUCUCAAACGAAAUGAUGGAUAAUAAUGAGUUUAUAUUCAUAAAAGACCAAUCAAAAAAAUCGGGUAAUCUUCAAUUACUUGAUAACUUAACGGCCGAUGAUACAACGUUGCGAAACUUUGUGACUGACGAUAAAAUACGGUUGAAAAGGAAUUCCAAUAUCAACAUAAUUCAAGAGGAGAAUUUAGGUUCUACAGUCGCAGGAUUUAAAUUUACUGGGAGUGCACGUGACGCCCGAUCACAAGGCGAGUUUAUUUUCAAGAAUGUACACGUGUAACGUGGAAACAAUUUAUAUAUCUCUUGAGAUUAUGAUACGCAGUGUUCGAUUUAUUUUUAACAUUAUUAUACAAUUUAAAAAUAUUCUCAUCAAGCCACAUUCUACUUAUAGGUACAUGAAAUGUAAUAUAAUGUGAUAUAAUAAAUAUAUAGUGAGAGUGACGAUAUAUGUUUGGAUGUUUAUUAAAUAAUAGUGAAAAAUAAAAAUAUA